AUGAAGGUUUCGAGCCUUGUACUUUUGUCGAUUCUCGGCUUGUCUGAUGCCGCAUCCAUCAGCGGUGAGACCAUCCAGCACCAUAUGAAUAAGAUGGACAAGCUUCGGCUGAUGAAGCACUCGCACCGCGUUGCCCAAGGCAGAAGAAAGCUUGAUGAUUCAGCAUCAUCAUACCAGGCCUAUGGUAGCAACAGCAAUUCCAACCAAUACUACGGCAGCAACAGCAAUGGAAACUCUUACGGAACCUACUCAAGUAGUAAUGGCAACAGCAACAGCAACAGCAACAGCAACAGCAACAGCAACAGCAACAAUGGAUACAAUAAGAACUCUGGGUCAUAUCAACAGAACGACGACAACAACAACAACAAUAAUAAUGGAAACAACCAAGACAAUGAGUAUUACACCCAAGAUGUCAACCAGUACUACUUUCAGAACAUGCGCCAAGGAGACUUUAAAAUCGAUGGAACGAAGUCAAUUGAGUUCGAACGUUGCGUCUCUCUUCGAUCGCUCAAUGAAGACAUUACUCAAUACGAAGGGAAGAAUAUGCAGUCGAUCUCGGACUUUGUCAUUUUCAAGGUGACAGACAGGUACCAGAAGGAAUUCGAUUUUGCCGUUGGCAUCAGCGACUUUGUUGAAAGCCUCAUCUCAACCAUUCCCGACGAUCGUGCGAAUUACUGUCAAGUUUGUCAACAGUCCUACCAAACCUGCCAACAGCAGAAGGCUCAGAACGAAUGGAACAGUGUUGUUCAGAACAGUGGAAACAUUGGAAACUACUAUGGCUUUACCGUCGAGCAGGAAGAAAAGGAAGAGAGCAAUAUGAAAAACUGGGGAUGGGGGGACUCAGACGGAAUGAGCUACUAUGCACAAGACUACUACGCACAAAAUACCGACGAUAAUGCCCAAUAUUCCAACAGUAAUGGCAGCAAUCGUCGAAAGUUGGACCAGCAAGAUGAUUUUAGCAUUGAAUAUAUCGAUUGUGAGACAUGCGACAGUUUUGGUUGCUUCGACGGGUACAGUCAAAACUCGGAACAAAGAAAUUAUGGGAACUAUGGAAAUCAGCAACAACAGGAGUUCUCGACACCAAUGGAGGCAGCAUUGAACUGGGUAUCCGAAAUAGCGCAGUGCAAGGAACUAAAAAUGUUUGACUCUUCAGGGUCCAGUGGCUACUACACCAAUUACAAGAACCAACAGUCCAGCCAACAGGCGCAGCAAGACCAAGGUCAAUAUUAUGAUAAACAGUAUCAGUAUCAGCAAACAAGCAGUCCAAGCCAGAACGCCAAUUCCUACAAGGCGAGUCUCCGCAACCCAUAUGCUGGUAUGAUGUGCAACUCGGAUGGAAGUGGCAUGGAGAUCGGAAUCUUCAUGGACGCAUAUUGCACCAUUUACGACAGUUCUCGUACCUACAAGGAUAUUAUCAAGAACGGUUCUCCACAAAAAACGUACUACGAGCUCACAAAAGGACUGAUGGAAUUCACCUUCACCCAACCCAUUGAAUGCAAGGCGAAUGAAUACACUGAGCCUGAUUUUGAUUCAAGAGCUGAUUACGAAUACUAUCAGCAGCAGCAACAGCAACAGCAGGAGGCUACCAGCCAAUAUUAUGCCGACGCUGAGGAAUUUUACAAUGCAUACAGCCAGCAGCAAGACGAAACCUACCAACAGACAAACGAGUACUAUCAAGAACAAAGUGACGCCUACUACUCGUACUACAUGGAUGGUUCCAAUGUGCAGGCAGCUAAUUCAUGUCAGCAACUAUUUCAACAACAAGUCGUCCAGCUUGGUAUUCCAUGCUACGAUAACGGGCAGCAACAAAACAAUCAAGAUCAAACCUACAGCCAGAGCUAUACAAAUCAAGACAAGCCGUAUGGUGAAUACAGCUAUUUUUCAGCAUACAAUGGAAGACAAUCUUAUGCUUACGAGAUUCAGAACCCAUACGAUCAGGACGAAGUCUGCACUGUCAUGAAUUCAAAAGCAUCGAAUGAUUCCUUCCAAAAGAAUGCAAUGAGUCAAUCACGAUUUAAGAACUUGUACAACUACAAGCUCUACUCGGCGACUACGAGUUGGAGAGGCUUCCGCACCCGCAUCGGCGAGAAAUUCCAGACCUUCCGCUACAAUACUGGAGAGAGGUUCCGAUCGAUUCAUGAAGAAGAGAUUUCGACUAAGCUUGCCAUCAUUUCCUUCCUGAUAGUUGCUUCGAUUGCAAUUGUCUAUGUUAUUUCUCGUUUCUCGGCACCCUAUGUAGCCAAAGGUUUGACAACAGCAGCGAGCCACGCCGCGGAUCACGCUGAGCGACUAGUAGAACAUGUGAAAUCCAUGAAAUCGAUGCGAGAUGAAGAUUCGAGCUAUGGUCAUACCUUGACUCAAGACAGUGCUUACCAGUUCAGUGAGAUUGAGUCCUUUGAUUUCUACGACGAAGCACAGGCAGAGCCCAGUGGAAAGAAGCACCGGCUCUUCUACUAA